AUGACACCGAGGGGCAUCAAGAGGAUGUUCAGGGAAAGCCCAGAAGAGCUUGUAUUAGCUCUAGCAAUUCUUGCUGGUUUAGCUGGUGUUUCCAUCUACAUCGUCAAGCUAUACUUCGACUACUUCAUGGCCCGCCAAUUUACGAAGUAUCCCAAGCCCAUCGCCAAGUCUCUUCGCCGAGCCCUUUACUACACAAAUAUCAGCCCCGAUGCGAACCUCGCGAGGAAGUACUACAAGCAGGCACUUGAGCAGUGCAAUGAGCUCCAGCUAGACCCGUUCUCUGAUGAUGUCCUGGGCAUAAGGAUUCAAACGGCAGCCUGGCUCGAAAAGAUCGAAAAUUACCAGGGAGCCAUAACUGUUUUGGAUUCUGUUCUCAGAGACUGCCUCAAGUGGGUGGAAUGGAUUGAGAACUCCGUUGCAGAUGGAACAGUAGACAAGUCAGGGAAGCCGCCUGCCGUAAAGCCUCUGUCGGAUAAUCAACGUCCAGUAAUUGCAGAGAAUGGCGAAGAAAAGGUUGUCGAAAACCUGUGGCGCAAGCGCACUCGUCUUCUGGCUAAAGCCGUCGGAACUAGCACUAAGCUUGGUGCCCUCUAUUCGGACGAGCAUGUUAUGGAGCCGGAAAACGCUCAGGCUCGCCUGACGUGGGCCGUCGAAACAGCACUGGCAGAAUCAAGACGACGCCAUAAGGAGGGUGUCAAGGAAGAUGAAGGUCCCUGGAUGAGCCCAGAGGAAAUCGGCGGUGCCAUGGAGUCCCUCGCCCAACACUACGAGACUAAAUCUCACUUCCACCUGGCAGUGCCUCUGUUGUUCCAGGCAUUGCGACUUUGUGCCAGCCCUUGUCACCGAGUAACAAUCAUGAACAAUCUGGCUGCGGCAUUUGCCCAGCAUCCUCUUCAAACCCCGCUGGAUGCCAUUCCAAACGCCCCUGCAAUUUCCGACGCCAUAGUCAGUCCUGACAUGCCGACAGACCGAGCCGGGCUCUUGGAGGCUGCGAGGAACUGGGCUAGCAAUGCUUACUCACACUCAAAGGAUGUGAAUGGAGAGGACCGAACCGAAGAGUGCGACGAAGCUUGCGCUGUAGCAUUAACCAACAUGGGUGAUAUUGCCGCCCUUCUGGGAAAGAAGGAGGAUGCAAGGAAGCGUUUCCAGCAGGCAAUCGACAUGAGCAGGAAGAUUGGCUUCGGCCCCGGUGUCUCUCAGGCCGAGGCAGGACUUCAAAAGCUCUAG